AGCGUGCGGUUAAGUUGUGCUGUCGGAUCCGUCUGUGACGUGUGUGUUUGUGCGAGUGUUCUGUUCCGUUUGUCAACGACGAUGCUGAGGCUGCUGCUCCGGGAUAGUGCAUCACUACGGCGCCUCCGCUAUGACUGAGGGGACGCGAGCCACACAACUGGCGCCAGUACGUAGCAACCACGGCCGGAGCGACAUCAUCCUGCACUAGCGUGGAGAAGCGACGACGCAGAGGCAGGCAGCUCGCGCGGCCACAGGGAGGGCGGCGGCCGCACGCCUCGGGGCUCGAGCAGCGCUCGCCGGCGGACGACGCCGCGUUGUGCCGUGCCGGGCUGUUUCGUAAGGAGGGAAGCCGCGGCCCGUGGCUGCGUUGCGCAGCCGCCGCUGCCUAUCACAGCCGCGUCCGCUCGCGCAAGCUCGCUCGCCUCAGCUCGCCUCGCCUCGCAGUCUGCCCUGGAGGCGCUGUCCAUCUGUGCAGUCCCACCAGACUGCCUUUAUCUAGUCAUACGCUGCCUACCCUGAUAGUCUUACUAGCAACACUUCCGCGUCUACGUUACUGUGCCGUGAUAAAAAUUAAGUGUGCGGAUUAUUAAUAUCGUACUGCAGUGCGGGCAAGUGGAGUAAUAAACUGUUAUCAGUUUUCGUAUAAGAAACAGCGCUAGUGGACGGUGUGUGGCUCAGUGAUGCGUGUGCGAUGUAGCGGCCAGGCGUAGAGGCCACGAUGCACAAGCAGAGCGACGGGCAGCAGGAGGAGGUGGCAGAGGGCAACAGCGGCGGCGGCGGGGGCGGCGGGGGCGGCAAGCACUUCCGGGAGCGCACGCUGCGGACCAUCAAGCAGUCGCUGGGCAAGCUGUGGAAGCGGCGCUCCGUUACCAUCACAGAGUACGACCCCACCUACAAGGUGGCCUACCUGGGCAACGUGCUCACCGGCUGGGCCAAAGGGGAGGGCUGCGUGGAGAAGCCGGUGUCGACGCUGUGGCGCAACUACACGGCCAGCGCCAAGGCGGACGUGGCGAUGAAGGUGACGGUGACGGGCAGCGGGCUGAAGGCGGUGACGCGCGAGCACGGCCUCACCGAGUACUGGUCGCACCGGCUCACCUACUGCGCCGCGCCAGCCGCCUUCCCGCGCGUCUUCUGCUGGGUCUACCGGCACGAGGGACGCAGGCUCAAACAGGAGCUGCGCUGCCACGCCGUGCUGUGCAGCAAGGAGGCGGUGGCGCGGCGCAUGGCGACGCAGCUGCGCGCGCGGCUGGCGCAGGCGCUGACCGAGUUCAAGCGCGACAAGGUGAGCCGGCAGAACGCGCGCCUCUCGCUGGCCAACUCGCUGUACGACAACCCGUCGCUGCCGCGCCGCAAGCUGCUGCUGGCCACCGGCUCGCACAACUACCGGCCGCCGCUCGAGCGCUCCAAGUCGGCGCCCAAGCUGAUGGUGAUCGAGGAGAGCGCCGAGGAGGAAGAGGACGAGGAUGACGACGACGACGAGGACGACGACGGCUGCGAGGCGCACCACGCGGCCGAGGCGGCGCCGCUCGACAGGAUAUCCGAGGAGGACGAGCGCUACUCCCACCUCAUGGCCAUGCUCGACGCCGACCACGACGCUGAACACGAACACGAGCACGACGUGGACGACGCCAGGGACGACUGGGGGUUCUCGCUGGAGAGCGGCAGCGGUGCGGAGCCGGGCUGUGGGGGCGGCGGCGGCGGCAGCGAGUGCGGCAGCGACGAGGGCACGUGCAGCCUGUCCAGCGGCGCCUCCUGCUCCUCGCCGGCCGCGCUCUGCCGCCACUUCAAGUCCCUCACAGAGCUGAGGCAGCCACUGUCCGAGGACUGUGACACCUACGAGCCCGAAGGCAGCCCGCAGCAGCAGCCGGUGGUGGACUGGAGGCCGGGCGCGGAGGGCGCCGCCGACCUGGAGAGGCUGGCCGCUGCGCUGCGCCGCUCGGCCACCUUCCCGCCCCCCAGCAGCGCCGCCUCCGUCUUGGCCGUGACGGCCGUCCCACCCCCGCCGCCCCCGCCCCCGGAGGCGGUAGUCGCCAGAACGCCACUGGGCGAGCCGGGCGUCGAACUGGACUCUCUGAGUGAGGAAGAGGACGAGGUGGCGCCGGACACCGCCAGGGACGUGAAGCGCGACGAGGACAACGUGAGCGACGAGAGCGGCUACGCGGAGAUCAUGCUGGACGGUGCUGGCGCCAGCAGCACAGCCACGGCCACAGCUUCUGCACAGCCCGCCAGGGGCGCCUUCGGCGCGCCAUCGCCCGUGCGCUGCGUCAGGGUCUGACGCCUACUCUGAGUUCGGUCCCAGCUGAGCUCCGCGAAAUGGCGUGUCGAGAAAUCUGUUUCACCAAAACGGGCGCUCGAGAGUUGACAAACAAAGACUGAACAACUCUUGUCGAAAGUUGUGCCUACAGCCAGAUCAGGGACUAUACGUACUUUCGUGUGUGCUACACGAAAGAGGACAAAAGUAAUUACAGCGGACUAUACCUGUCGUCAAAAUUCCAAACUAUUAAAAUUACAGAAAUACAUGUUUAUAGAACCAACUUCACUGGAUUCUGAAAGGCAACUGAGCCUUUUACACUUUCCGUUUACUCAAAACGAGCAUUAAUUCAAUGAAUGACAGUGUUUUGGUGUCACUGUUUGUGCAAAGAGGUUGCCGUGUGUGGCCCAUUCGAGAUAAUGAUCGCUGAAUUGUAAUGCUUGGUAGCAUUCGCUAAGGGAGAUGUGGACUCUGUUAAAAUAAGCAACCUGAAAGAUACUCUGUUGACGUACGAGAUACACGAUCAAACUAUCGACAAUUUUUACCUUUACAAAAUUACGUACGGUUUUCGUGCCACUUCUUCCAACAAUUCGCCCAUAAUUAUGAACAUCUCUAAUUCAGCACUUACACAUCACAGUAGCAUCAGACUGUCAAAACCUACCCACAUUCAAUUUAUUACACAAAUCAUUACACGAAUACCUUUUACACAGAAUAAGAAAUGGGUGUGUUUUUAAGACUCGACUUUUCCUGAAGUAGACAUUUUUUUCUGAAAGUGACAGGCCUUCUUGCCUAGUUGUUGGUCUGAAGAAACACGUGUAACUUCAAACAAAAUGUUUUCCCAUUAUUUCAACUGUUACAGACGAAACGACAUUCUGGGAUAACACGGUAUAUACUGAUAUAAAAAAGAUUCGUAACUGAUCAAACUGCACACUUUGAAGUACACGCAGCAACAAAAAAUUGUGAUUAUAUAUGUUUAAUAUGUGGAAUCCUCUACUGCAUAUUGUCAAUUCUUCAGAACAUUUCAGUGAGUUGCUAAUAUUUUGUUGUGUGACAGCGCAUACAGACAAAUAUGAGACAUCUGCAAUGGUUCACACACUCUACUAACUGAGCAUUAUUUGUUUGGACUGAGUAAGUCAACAUGUUAGAUGGGUUGCAGCUGAAUAUUGCUCUCUCAGCUGGAUAGUCCUGCAAAUCUGGUUAUUGUAUGUGUGCAAUUAGAAGGUGUAUUGCUUCAUAUAUAUAAAAUAGCAUGUGCUGUGAUAGGUGAGUAGUGGAAAAAAAAGUUGAGUCAUAUAUUAAACAUUCCAUAUUUGAAAGUAGUGUAAAUGAUUGACCUGAUGAUAAGUUUGUUGUUGUGUACAUCAUACUUUGAUAUUAGUUUAUGUUGUAGAUUUUUAAUUUCUUGUUUCUUUUAUUUUGAAAUAGUCAAAUAGAUGCAAGAAAAAUAGAGAAUGAAUUAAAAAAGGAAACUAGCCAAUAAUCUCUGUAAUAUAAUGUGUCUAGUUGCCAUUUUUGUAUGAAAAUGUGAAGAUGUAUCUCAUAUACUUCCUAAAAAACUGUUGUGUAUUUGUGUAACAGAAACCCGAUCCAUUGUAGGUUGGAGGCUUACUGAUAUUUAUGGAUUAAACUUGAAUGUAAGCUGAAAUGUACAAGCCAUAUUCCAGCUAUUACACCUCUUUUGAAGGACAUAAUUGUUCUCAGGCCACUAACUUGAUAAUCACUGACCAGUAUUUUUAGUUACUCUUGACUGUCACAAUCUGUCUGAGCUUGCCAACUCCAUCACAUGUUAGUGUAAAUAGUGUUAAGUCUUAAUACGUGACCCCCCCCCUCCAUUCAAAGUUGCCUCUGUCUGUAGGUACAAGUUUUAUAACAAAGCUGUGAAGUAUUUUUCUGCGGAGUUCAAUAUGUUAAACCUUGUACUUCCUGUUUCAACCCUCAGGCUAUUAUUGAAAUAAGGUAGAAAAUUUUAUUCCUCAUGACAUGAACAGCAGUAUUUAUUGCUCGUAUUUUUAAAGCAGUAUUUAUGCAAAAUUAAAGGUGUUUUAAAUUCUAGAUAUGAUGUAGUGAUUAAUCUGAUGAUGUUGGUGUUUUUAAGUGGGAAUUCUUUUAUAUCCAUUUCUAAAAUUUCUUAUUUUAUUACAGUUGCAUACAGCUAUUUACAAGCAUUGUACAAUUUAUUUAGUACAUUUGCCAAUCUAAAUGAGGAAAGUGAUAAACAUGGACAAUCUUACAUAAAGAACUGUUAAAGUUCUGUAAGAUCUACAGGGCCCUCUAUAUUAAUAUUAAAUCUCAGGCUUCUGAUUUGAAAGCAACAUUUGUCUGAAUCUCAGUAACGAAACAAGGAGAGAUCUGUGAAGAUGAUAGAAGCAACAUAGAAUCUUCUAUCAUGAGGAAGACACCAUUUAUCAAAAUAGAAGGGAGGGAUGUGUCACUUUUGAUCCAAUGCUCUAAAUUAUUCCAGUAUUGUAGCAUUUUCUUGAUUUUUCAUUUUCCUAAUUUGUUGUUGAACAGUGAUAACAUGUAUUUCAAUAGCAGUGCAUACAUUGAACAAUAAUCUUUGCAGUUAUUUUGUGUGACUCACUUCAUAACAAAACAACACUUUUAGAUAAAAGAAUACAUAAAUUUUUUGCACACUUAUCACUUGACAUUAAAUGAUCAGUUCAAUUUGGUUUCACAUCUGUCACUUUCUCUGCAGAUUAUAUACGUGUUUAACAAUAUUAGCGAUCACUUUUCACCUACCUUACUUGCAUACUUAAAACUGGCAGUCCAAGAAACAAACCUCACAACCAAAGACUUUUUGUUAUAGUUCACAUUUACAUCAGAGGAUAUUUUUGUUGAUUUAUCAUGUUCAUCUGAAUACUCAUUUACAUUUUCAUUGUUACAGUGUGGUGAGAAUAAUAUUUGUGUACUGUAAAAUUGUAUCAUAAUGAAAUUUCUGUUAUAGAAGCUGGAUUGUUUGUUAAGUUUAUUACAAUCCUGAACUCUGAUUUUAGUGCAAAUACUGAUUCUGUAAGAUAUUAUUUGAUGUGUAUAUCUAAAUAAAUAUUAGAAAAAUAAA